AUGCGCAAGGAGGAGCAGGUCAAGGUGAAGCGGAAAGAGCCCUCGGAGCUGGGGGAGGGGGGGGAGGAGAAGCGACCCCGGCCCCCGACCCCCCCCGAGGAGGAUGAGGAUGGAAGAGGAGGAGGAACAAACCCGCCCCUCCCCCGCCGCCGCCCCCCCGCCGAGCACCUGGGGGCCACCUCGCUGCUGGAGCUGGCCCGGGGGGCUCCCCCCGGGGGUCCCCAGGGCGGGGGGGACCUGGCGGUGCUGGCGGCCAUCGCCCUGACCCGCGGGGACACCGAGGGGGACGGCGGGGACGGCGGCGCGGCCCCGGUGCUGCUGGAGCACAACUACGCCCUGCCCCCGCCGCCGAGACCCCCGGGCGGGCUGGGGCCCUGCCUGGAGGAGGUGCUGGAGGCCCCCGAGGAGGUGGUGGCCGAGGUGCCACCCGCCGGCGCCACCGAGAGCAGGGCGGCGACGGCCAGGAGGAAGCGGCACCGAGCGCCGCCACCGCCGUCAUCAUCAUCAUCAUCAUCAUCCUCCUCCUCCUCGAGCGACAGCGAGGAGAGCGGGAGCGACGACGAGGAGGAUGAGGAGGGGUGGUGGCAGCCCCGCGGGGACGCCCCGGCGUCCCCCGGCCCGGUGGCGUUCGCGCCGCGCAGCGAGUUCGAGCAGAUGACGAUCCUGUACGACAUCUGGAGCGCCGGGCUGGACGCCGAGGACGCGCGCUUCCUGCGCCUCACCUACGAGCGGCUGCUGCAGCAGGACGGCGCGGCGCUGUGGCUCAACGACACCCACUGGGUGCCCCACACCGUGACGAGGACGAGCAGCCCGCGGCGGCGGCGCCGGCGCCCCGAGAGCCGCGAGCACCGCACGGGCAGCGCCCGCAGCGAGGGCUACUACCCCAUCAGCCGGCGCGAGAAGGCGCGCUACCUGCGGCCCUGCCCCGCGCCGCGCCCCGACCCCGACGCGCCCGACACGCAGGGUCCCAACCGCGUGCUGUCGGAGCGGCGCUCGGAGCAGCGGCGCCUGCUCAGCGCCAUCGGCUCGGCCGCGCUGCCGGACAGCGACCUGCUCAAGCUCAACCAGCUCAAGUUCCGGAAGAAGCGCCUUCGCUUCGGCCGCAGCCGCAUCCACGAGUGGGGCCUGUUCGCCAUGGAGCCCAUCGCGGCCGACGAGAUGGUCAUCGAGUACGUGGGGCAGAACAUCCGACAGGUGGUGGCGGACAUGCGCGAGAAGCGCUACGCGCAGCAGGGCAUCGGCAGCAGUUACCUGUUCCGCGUGGACCACGACACCAUCAUCGACGCCACCAAGUGCGGCAACCUGGCGCGCUUCAUCAACCACUGCUGCACGCCCAACUGCUACGCCAAGGUGAUCACCAUCGAGGCGCAGAAGAAGAUCGUCAUCUACUCCAAGCAGCCCAUCGGCGUCAACGAGGAGAUCACCUACGACUACAAGUUCCCCAUCGAGGACACCAAGAUCCCGUGCCUGUGCCGCACCGAGAGCUGCCGCGGCACGCUCAACUAGCCGGGGGCCAGUCACGGCACCCUCAACUAGCCGGGGGCGGGGUUCGGUCACUGGGGUCGGCUUUGGGCCACCGUGGUUGGCUCUUGGCCACCAAGGUUGACGUUUGGCCACCAGCAUUGAUGUUUGGCCACCAGGGUCGGUGUUUGGCUGCCGCCACUGGUCUUCAAUCACCAGGGUUGACUUUUGGCCACCAACGUUGACUUUUGGCCACCAUUUGGCUGCCACCAUUGAGUUUCGGCCACCAGGGUUGACAUUUGGCCACCAGGGUUGACUUUUGGCCACCAGGGUUGGUGUUUGGCUGCCACAGUUCACCUUUGAUACCAGGGUCGACUUUGGGCAACCAGGGUUGACAUUUGGCCACCAACGUUGACGUUUGGCCACCAUUUGGCUGCCAACAUUGACACUCAAUCACCAGGGUUGACUUUUGGCCAC